AUGGGCGAUCUGGAGGAAACAUGCAUCUCUCUGCGAGCGCAGAUCGCAGCCACCGAGGCACAGCUUGCGGAGCUGAAGCGCCAUCUUGUCAGCGCUGAGAAGGCCUCCGCGGCAAACUCAAAGCGCGCAAGCUCCGCGCACAACGAUGAUGAGCCCCGUGAUGGGCGGACAUCGCGAUGGCCACUACUUCAGGACGAGUAUAAGCGAUAUGGAAGACAGAUGAUCGUAUCUCAAGUUGGUCUUGAAGGCCAACUGAAGCUGCGCUCGGCCAAAGUCCUGCUGGUUGGUGCAGGGGGCCUUGGAUGUCCCGCUGCACAGUACCUUGCUGGCGCUGGCGUGGGCACGCUUGGACUUAUUGACGGAGACACCGUCGAGAUCUCCAACCUACAUCGCCAAGUGUUGCACUCUGCUCGGAAAGUGGGCAAAUACAAAGUGGACAGUGCGAUUGAGUCUCUACAAGAACUGAAUCCUCAUCCUAACUACAUCGCACAUCGAGCACACCUGACACCCAGCGAAGCACCUGCGAUCUUUGCACAGUAUGACAUCAUUCUUGACUGUACCGAUAAUCCCGCGACGCGAUACCUGAUCUCGGAUACCGCGGUGCUUUUGGGGAAACCCUUGGUUUCGGCGUCCGCCCUUCGAACCGAAGGACAGCUAAUGGUGUUGAACAAUCCCCCCCGACCGCCUGGCGAUCAAGAAGGGGGCCCAUGCUAUCGCUGUGUUUUCCCGAAACCCCCACCGGCGGAUAGUGUCGUUAGCUGCGCAGAUGGUGGCAUCCUAGGGCCGGUGGUCGGAAUCAUGGGUGUUUUGCAGGCCUUGGAAGCGAUCAAGGUGAUCACCACACUGGGCGAUGGAGUGAUUGGCGAUGCCACUAUGUCGCAUGUGCGAGACUCUCAAUCGCUACACAUCUUCUCGGCAUAUUCCAAUCCCUUAUUCCGUACGAUUCGUAUUCGUUCGCGCAGGCCAAACUGCGCAGUAUGCUCUGCGGAAGCAUCAGUGACGUUAGAUACCAUCACCUCGGGUUCCACAGACUACGUGUUCUUCUGUGGCUCCGCCAAUGCGUCGUCGUUUCUCGGCCCUGAUGAACGCAUAUCUGCGCGAGAGUAUAGCGAGAGACACCUGCAGUCGAUAUCCGGAUCCAAUGGAUCAAGUGAUCAGCUUCCCACCAGAAGAGCUCAUACCAUCAUUGACGUGCGAGACAAGGUCCAAUACGGAAUUUGCAGCUUGGAAGACAGCAUCAACAUUCCCAUCUCGCAAAUUCUGGCUUCACCGUCCACGAAUGGACUCCCCUCAUGGGUUCCUCCAGAGCUGGCUGCGUCCGAGUCUAAUGAACCGAUCUACGUUGUCUGUCGUCUUGGAAAUGACUCUCAAAUAGCCGUGCAGAAGUUGAAACAGCUGGGGUUGGACCGUCAUGGACAGAGAUUCAUCGGGGAUAUCCGUGGCGGAUUCCGCUCUUGGCGAGAAGAUGUUGACUCAGAAUGGCCGGAGUAUUAA